UUGUAUGAAUUUUAAGAGUCGAGGCCUAUGCAUAUAUCACAGCUUUAUUUUAUUACAUACAUUAGGACAAUACAUUUCAGCCUCAUAAUGGUAAAGCUAGGAUUCGUUAUAAAGAAGGGAAAUAUUUCGUUUCGUGAUGGCAGCAAUGGAAUCGCUUUACAAUUUAUUCGUCGUCUGCUGUGCUGUCAAACGUGUACUGGUUCUGGAUGUGAUCGGUUUUGUGUUUGUAUUCGGCAGCUGUUGAAAGAAGCAAUUUCAUCAACAGGGCUUGUGAUAUUGUUUUAUUUUUAAAAUGUCUGAUUUGAACAAACUAAAAAGUGCUUUAUCGGAGCUAGGCCAAGAUCAUCUUUUACAAUUUUGGGAUAGGUUAAGCCAAGGAGAAAGAAAUGAUUUAAUUAAAGAUAUAAGUGAAAUUGAUGUCAAAGAAGUAACUUCUUACUUCAAGAAAGCCUUGACGUCCUUGCAUGAAGACCAAGAAAAGCUCGAUGACAGAAUGAAGUCAAUACCUCCCCAUUUAUAUGGAGCUGUGUCCAGAACUACCCCAGAACUGUUAGCAUCUUAUGAAACGGAAGGGUUUGUACAGAUUUCAGAAGGAAGGGUUGGAGUUCUGCUUAUGGCUGGUGGACAGGGAACUCGACUAGGAUCAUCUUUGCCUAAAGGUAUGUAUGAUGUUGGCUUACCAUCUCACAAGUCACUGUACCAAAUUCAAGCCGAGCGUAUAGUGAAACUUGAGGAACUUGCAACCAAAUGCACUGGCAAAAAUGGUCAUAUUACGUGGUUUAUCAUGACAAGCGAGAAAACAAUGGAACCGACUGAAGAUUACUUUGAAGAACACAAUUACUUUGGCCUGAACAAGAACAAUGUCAUAUUCUUUGAACAAGGCCUACUACCCUGUUUUUCUUUUGAUGGAAAAAUCAUUCUGGAAGCUCCAAACAGAAUAUCGAAAGCUCCUGAUGGCAAUGGGGGAAUUUACAGAGCUCUUAGAGAUAGAGGAGUUUUGAACGAGAUUGAGAGGAGAGGUAUUCGCUACCUGCAUUGUCACAGUGUGGAUAACAUCCUCACCAGAGUAGCUGACCCGAUAUUUGUAGGUUACUGUGUAAAACGAGGUGCAGAUUGUGCUGCCAAGGUUGUUGAAAAGGCUUUCCCAACUGAAGCUUUAGGAGUGAUCUGUAACGUAGAUGGAAACUUCCAAGUAGUGGAGUACAGUGAGAUUACUCUCAAAACAGCUGAAAUGAGAAACAAUGAUGGUAGAUUGACAUUCAGUGCCGGUAGCAUUUGCAACCAUCUGUUCACUACAGAGUUUUUGAGAAAAAUAGUCAACAAGUACGAAAAUCAGCUCAAACUGCAUGUCGCAAAGAAGAAAAUUCCCUAUGUGGAUGAAAAUGGGACGUACCACACACCUGAAAAACCGAAUGGGAUCAAGAUGGAAAAAUUUGUCUUCGAUGUGUUCCCGUUUGCUGAAAACUUAGUUGUUUGGGAAGUGAACCGUGAAGAUGAGUUCAGCGCUCUAAAAAAUCCAGACUCUGCGGAAAAAGACAAUCCAACAACUGCUAGAAGAGACCUGUACGCUCUACAUAGAAGAUACAUCAAAGAUGCUGGGGGACAAAUCAUAGGCGACCCAGUUGUUUGUGAAAUAUCUCCUCUUCUGUCCUACGGUGGUGAAGGCCUCAAAUCUAUCGUAGAAGGCAAGACAUUCGAAUCACCACUACUUUUGAAAAGCCCACAAGAAGAAAUUAAAAAUGGCACAAACGGAUUCCACAUUGAUCACUGAUAUAAAGACUUGAAAUCUUCUAUUUGAAGAUUUAAAAAUCCGUCCAUUAGAUAAGGUAUGUGUUAUCUUGUAAAUUUGAAGUGUAUAAAAUUAAUGUCUUUUUUUUAAGAGUUCCUAAUAUAAAGCAUGUAACCAUGUAAAUUGUACUUUUAGGAAUAUUUUUAUUGGUUUUAAAUAGUUUGAAUGCUAUAAUAUAUAAAUAUAAAUUUUAACAUAAAAUUGUCUUUUAUCUAUCAGAGAUGAAUCUGCCGAAACGUGACUAAGAGUUAGUUUCAUAUCAUUGGCAUGACUAAAAAUAUUUUAUAGGCACACAAUAAAUUAUGUACCAUGAUUCAUGAACAAUAUUAGAUUUUUUUGCUGAUGAAAUAUUUUGCAGUUUGUCAACAAAUAUAACUUUGUAUCAUUAUUAAAUGCUGCUUCUAUGACUUAUAUUAAUUUAAGUGGUUUUGCAGUUUCAAUCAAUAAAUAUCGUAUUUUGAUGAUUUUCUACUUGUUUACUUCUGCAAAACUCUGUAUUCAUCACAAUUAGAACUAGCCUAAUUGUCAUGUAAAAUAAGUUUAUAUAUUAUUUUAUCUUGUAAAAGUACUGUAGGCCCUAAUGAGACCCUACACGAUAUCUAAUGAUGUAAUCGACAAGUUACCCGCUAUUGUCCAUCUUUGUUUGGAUAAUUUUUUUCAUAUUUAACAUUGUAAGUACCUAUCUAAAAUGUGCUUAAAACUACUAGAAACUGACAUUUCAAUUUUAUAUAACCUGUAAACAACUAUAAUCUUUCUAAUUCGUUGAUUAAUUUUAGUUGAUUGAUACAUGGUUAUAUUUAGUUUAAAAAUAACAGUACAUUUUAAUUACUUAUAUUGUUUUUAUUACAAAGCAAAUUAAACACAUAGGUAGAUUUAAAAAAAAAUCAGACAGGCUGAGAAUGAUUUAGCCCACCCCUCUUCCUAUAGAAGAACAAAAACAUAUUUUAAGUUUUUUCUAACAAAUCAUGAAAAUAAAUUUGGUAAAUGAUACCCUCAUUUGGUAGCUCAGCGCUUUCAAAAGAAAAAAUCCUGAUUACAUGUCUUGUUAGGUAGUCAAUUAAUUCUAUUUCAUCUUUAACACUGAAAACACAAAUUUGUACUCCUAUGUGAAAUUUCACCAAAAUUUAAGAAAACAAAGACUACAGUUUUUCUUACUUAUUUUCCAAACAAUUUGGAUAGGAAAAAGAUUUAAUUGUUUUUGAGUAUGGUUAACUGCUAGCUUUAUAUUUUUGUAAGUAAUUUUAAACUGCAUUUAUUGUUUUUAUAAAUAUUUGUAAUGUAAUUAUUUAUAACUUUCUAGAUAGUAACCCUUCCUCCCAAAACAUUUUAGUUUUGAUUUUAGAGACUAUAUAAAUAUAAAGGACGCACAAAGUUUACCUCCCUUUCAAGUUUUCUUAAUUGUUAAAUGACAUAAACAAUUUAUAGGAUGAUAUUCUCAAUGUUAUCAGUUAAGAACAGAGUUACUGAUAGUGACUAAUCUGUCUUUGAUAAAAUACACCAAGAAAAACUUUAGUAAGAAAAACAUAUGAUAUAUUAUAUCAACCAAUCGAGAUUAUGUUAUAUAAAAAUACUAUCUAUCAUUGAAUAAGUUUUUUUUUUAUCAUUGGUUAACUUUGAUGCAAAAAGUAUAAAAAUGCAAUGAUAACUAUUUUGCAAUAAUUUACUUUAUAAAGGACAUAGCCUAAAAAUUUUUGAUGUUAAUAAAAAAUUACAGACAAUAGUUAUUUGUGCAACUAGUGAGAAAAGUGCCUCACUCGAGAAACCAUUCCUCACUCGCCUACGGCUCGUGAGUAAGGAUUUCUCUCGAGUGAGGCAAUUGUACUUUGAACUCGAGUUGCACAUUAUACUUUUCCUACAGUUACCAUAAAACAAAUAAAUUGGUGAACAAACAUAACCUAUUUUUACACAGAAGUGAACUUUUAAUAUAACAUUUAAUGUGAAGUGACAAAUACAACAGUACAACAGCUGACCAGCUGAUUUACAGCCAGUGCUGCCAACGUAUUUCGCGCGCAUACGGCGUUGCCUGCAUGUUACGCGCUCACUAUUUCGUGGCUUCACGUUGAAAAUCUGGAGUGAGACAAAGUAAUUAGAGUGAGACAAUGUUAACAUUGUCUCACUGAUGAGCGAAUUGGCCACUUUGCUUUCUCAAAUCAGUGAGAGAACAUGUACAUUGUUAGGUAACUGUAGGAAAGUAUAUAUUACCAUAUUUAGGAUUAGCAUUUUUCCACCAUGUUUCACAAUGUUAAGACACAACUUCAAUAAAUCCUGAAAAUAUAGCCUACUCGGUACUUUUUUAGUAUUUUUUCCAAAAGUAAAAAUGUACCUAUAGCAAAGCAUAUAUCCUGCCGUAUGCAAGUUUUCGAUGAUUUUGCAUAGUGUUUGUACAGUAAAACAAGAUAAACCAAGUAUGUUGGGAUAGUUAUGCAUCUCAAAAGUACAUCUGUUGUUGUGCAAUUCUACCCUGGUCGGCUAGUUAAAAUAAUUAACUAGCAAGCAAAAUACCCGGAUUUUUUAAACACUUAUCAGUUUCUGAAUUGAACAUUUGAGAUAAUUUUGUUAUUUGUGAGAUUAUAAUAGAAGCCUUACUAUUUAGUAUAAUGUGUAACAAUGAGCUGGUUAAGGGUUUUACUGCCUACGAUUUUUAAUUUUAAGUUUUAUGAGCUUUUACAUUGGUUGAUUAUGGAAAUUUGCUUCUAGUUGUAUUGACCGUCUAAUUACCAUAGCCUCUCUUUGUUUUUGCUUUAAAAUAUUUUCGAGCGGUAGACUUUAAUUUUGUGAUCAUUUUUAUAGUUAUAUAUGUAUUAUAAUAUCGUAGUUUUAGGUUUGAAUUGUUUUUUUAUCAUAACAAAUGUCAGAAUUUGUUGCUAUUUUGUCUAAAAGAUGUCUAUUUUAUCGUGGAUAAACUAAUUUAGGUCUCCUUUUUAAUAUUACACUCAGUUUUAACGACAAACUAAAAAUAAGUGACUAUUGAGGCUUAGCAUGUUCUUUUAAUAGUUUUUAGUGACAAAAAUUUUAAUUUGUAAAAUAUGUGUUAGAAUUUAUGGUAAAAUUUAAUCUUGUACAAAAUUAUUUUAGCAUGAGUGUGAUGAUACUAUGAAUGUUGUAUUGAAUUUUGUUUGGUUUUUAAAACUAGUUCUAAAUUUCAUAUGUAAGUAGAAGCUUUGACUAUUAAUACUGUACAACUCAACGAAGCUAGUAAACUUUAUUGGUUCUAUAACAUAUUAUAUUCUGUUUUAUUUUUUAUUUUUUUUAUGAAAGUAAUACAAUCACAUAUUUGUUUUGUUUUUAAUCUUUUAAAUCUAUUUAUACAGCAACAAAGUUUUAUUUUGACUAGGCCAAAUUAAAAAAAAGGUUUAGUAAAGACAACUUUGUUUGAUCAACUUUUUGUGAUAACUGUGUAAUUUUAUUGAUAUUAUGGUUCCCAUAAUUAUGUAUGGUUUUACAAUCUAUUCAUAUUUUAUUUUAAAGAUAUAUUUAUAAAAUAAUUUUCUUCAGGUAUUGAGUCUGUAUCUAUUUAAUAGGUCGUCUGUCCAGUUACCAUUUUAUGCAAGAGAUCAUGUAUAGAAAAUAUUGUUAUAGUGUAGUGUAGCUUUUAUAUCAGAAUAAAGUUUCAAAAUAAU